AUGAUAACUGCAGCAGGUCUUGGAUUAAGUGUCUUUCUCGGAUGUGCCACCAGAAGAUUACAAGUUAUAAUCAUGGCUGGUCCAACCCCACCAAGAUCAAUUCAUCGUUUAACUGGAUAUGCAUUAUCCCUGGCAUUGUAUGUUGGUGUGUAUUUUGGAUUUGAUAGGAUAAUUGAAAAUAAUAAGAAAUUGAUACAAAGAAGAUUGGCUAUUUUACGUGAACAAAGAGCUAUUGAAGAUGAUUUCUUUAAUUUUGAAGAAGAACCUGAUCAUAGACAUUUGGUUGAUAGAAAAGGAUUAUUACUUAAUUUGGUUGACAGAAUUGGUGCUCCAAAUAAAUAA